CGGCGAUGGCCCGGGUGAAGUAGACGUCCAGCUGAAGUAAGAAAUUGACAGACAACAUGAAAAAUUGCGAGGCGUCAGAACCUCCUCCAGCGGAUCAUGAGGCGAUACGCUUUCACAUUCCGCGCACGGAUACUCUGGAAGAGGUUUUGCGAGGUGGUGGCACAUCCAGUAGUCAACCGGCCGAUCUUCAUCAGGACAGGAACCGACGUGCGGAGGACAUCACGGAACACAGCCAGAAUUGCGGAUCUAGUUCUCUCUUGUCAGACAGUCUUCCAGCGAGUAUUGCGCAAUAUUCUUCGACUGGUGCGAGGCGCGACGAAGCAAUCCAUCAGCAUCAUCCGUCAGACGGCAAGACGAGUGAUGUUUGCAGCCAGCAUGGGACAACUCACACAAGAGAAGCGGCCUGCACUGCUCCUCCCGGCAGCAACGACACGGUCAGCCCACCAGUGGACCGGAAAAACUAUAACAUUAUACCAGCAGGUUGUUCUGGCAUGAGCGCGUCAACAAGCGUAAACCACGACCGCGGAGAGAUGCUGAUGCGCGGCGCCGAUUCAUCAAAUGGUCACCCUCACCACCGCUCCAUCGCACCGUCGCUGACUGCUUCGCCAACUGCGAGUGCAAGCAGCAGCUG